CUAGCUAUAUAAGGCUAUGGCUUGGGUGGGUUUUUCGGUCUUAUUGAGGCCUCUUGUUUGUGAUAAUUUCUGUGAUUCUUAGGUAACUUGUCUAUUUGAUAAUUAGGUGGUAAAGUGAUUGUAAAAUCUGGUCAUUCAUGAUGCCUACUUUUGGGACUGAGCAUAGUGAACAUCAUCUCUAAGCCUCCUAGCCAGCUCCUCCCAUAUGGAGAAGCUCAAAGAUCAUUAUCACAUCCUACGGAAAAUCAACAAGGGCAAUUAUGCUGAUGUAAUACUGGCCAAGCAUUUGUCCACUGGAAUGACAGUGGCCAUCAAAGUAUUGCCAAAGGGAGAGAAUUCUGAUCACAUCAUGUAGGAGGUCAGCAUCAUGAAAUCAUUGCAGCAUCCGAAUAUCAUCAAGUUACUGCAAGUUAUUCAGACAGAGGAGGAAGUCUACAUGGUGAUGGAAUAUGCAAGUGGAGGAGAACUGAUAAAUCGCAUCCACGAGACCAGUGGCCCGCAGGAGGAGGAGGCUAGAAGAAUAUUUUGGCAGAUCAUCUGUGCCAUUCAAUACCUCCAUGGACAAGACAUCAUUCAUGGGCAUCUCAAAUUAGAUAACAUCUUGUUAGAUGAGGAUGGCACAGUUAAAAUCUGUGACUUUGGAGUGGGGACCAAGAUCACUCCUGAGCAGAAGCUGAACAGGAUCUGCAGCACGCUGCCAGACACUGCCCCUGAAGCACUAUUGCACAAAAGAGAGCUAUUUGCUGGGGACAUUUGGAGGCUCGGUGCCAUCCUCUCUGAGAUCAUGGUGGGGUUAACACCAUUCAAGGAGAUCCAUCCCUUUUAUCUGAAAUAGCAGAUCCUGCAGGGCAGGCACUACUGUCCCCAUUCCUUCUCCACAGACCUGCAAAAUUUAAUUGUCACACUUCUCACCAUUGACCCCUUGCAGUGCCCAACACUAGAGGAAAUCAUGUGGCACCCAUGGCUCCACCAGGGUAAACCACCUUCUCAUCCUCCUCCUGAUCUGCUUCCAGAAUGCCCAAAACCUGAGAUCCUAAAGUUGAUGUUCGCCUUAGGAUACAACCCUGAAGAAAUUUAAAAAUCCC